CAUCGCCAUCCAAGGAAAUGAAAUAUCGUUCCCGCCCUACCGGGGCUGAGAGAGCUUACUAACAACAAUAUUUUGGAAAGAAAAGGACACUGUGGCAGCGGUGAAUUCCACGUCGUGUAUGCAUCAAUCGGGUCUUGCAGGUCUGUCAGGCCUGUGCCGAGUCACCGAUCAUCUUUAUCUCAGUAAUGGCAAAGCGGCUACUGAUUCCUCACAGGUGACUCGGUGCAAAAUCACCUGCAUCAUAAACGUCACUGAGACCAAGCGCAUCCGCCCUCUGCCCCCCGGGGUGGAGUACAUCCACAUCCCGCUCCCUGACUCCGCCGUGUCGCCUCUCAGCGAGCACUUUGACUCGGUGGCCGAUAAAAUCCAGCUCACUGCAGAGCAGGGCGGCCGCACAUUGGUGCAUUGCAUCGCCGGUGUGAGCCGCUCCGCCUCCCUGUGCAUUGCCUACCUGAUGAAGCACCGCGGGGUGAACCUCCUGGAGGCCCACAGGUGGGUGAGGACCUGUCGACCCGUGGUGAGGCCGAAUAACGGCUUCUGGAAGCAGCUCAUCCACUAUGAGAUGGAGCUGCGUGGGUGCACCUCUGUCCGGAUGGUGACCUCGUCCAUGGGAGAGCUACCUGACAUUUAUGAACAAGAGGCCAGAAAUAUGAUGCCACUGUGAAGAAGAUGCCACUGGACAAUUAAUGAGUGUAUGCGCAAUAAUAUAUUGUAAUGUGUGUAGCAUAUAUCCAAUAUAUAUUAUACAUAUAUGCAGUUAUAAACAACUGUUAAGUCAUUUAAAGAAACAUAAAAUAUUAAUAAUGAACCUACUGUUGAGUAAAUAUGGGCUCAACUACAUUUCAAAAGGGGAUUGUCUGUUCCUUCCUCCACUUGUUAUGAAAGCUGCAGCUUCUAGCUUUAGACCUUUAGUUUAGCCUACAAUAAAAACAUAACACAAAACAUAUUCUUGUGAAACACAGUGUAUAUGAAGCUUUUAACCUUCCUCUU